UAUCAAACUUCACUAGGGGUGGCGGGGCUCAGGCGGUGGAGCCGGGCGGCUGCGGGCGCCGCCGCCUCCUCCUCCGUGGCUGUUUACCCGGCUGCAUUGUGGGAGUUUGACCUCCGCCGCCGCCGCUGCCGCCGCGCACGCCAUGGGAACCGUGACUGACGACGAAGUCAUACGGAAGCGUCUCCUAAUUGAUGGAGAUGGCGCUGGAGAUGAUCGGAGAAUUAAUCUGCUAGUGAAAAGUUUCAUUAAAUGGUGCAACUCUGGAUCCCAGGAAGAGGGAUACAGCCAGUACCAACAUAUGCUGAGCACACUGUCCCAAUGUGAAUUUUCAAUGGGCAAAACUUUGCUGGUGUAUAAUAUGAAUCUCAGAGAAAUGGAAAAUUAUGAAAAAAAUUACAAAAAAAUAGAAUGUAGCAUUGCUGGAGCACAUGAAAAAAUUGCUGAGUGCAAAAAGCAAAUUCUUCAAGCGAAACGAAUACGAAAAAAUCGCCAAGAAUAUGAUGCAUUGGCAAAAGUGAUCCAGCGUCAUCCAGACAGGCAUGAGACAUUAAAGGAACUAGAGGCUCUGGGAAAAGAACUAGAGCAUCUUUCACAUAUUAAAGAAAGUGUUGAAGAUAAGCUAGAAUUGAGAAGGAAACAGUUUCAUGUUCUUCUUAGUACCAUCCAUGAACUUCAGCAAACACUGGAAAAUGAUGAAAAGCUCUCAGAGGUAGAAGAAGCUCAAGAAACAAGCAUGGAAACUGAUCCUAAACCAUAGACCAACUAAUCACUCACCAUUCCCAAGAAUAUUGAAGUAGCAACAUGAUCUUAGUGUGUUCAGAAUUUGUUGUGCUCUUGAGACAUUUAAAGUUUUGGCAGUGAACUACGUUGCUUUUAAAUUUUAAUGCACAGUUCAUUCAUAUUUCUUCACACAAAGGGAGAUGACUUCAUUAUAUAUUUGUUUCUAUUGAAAUGCCUUUUUUAUACUUAAAAGAUAGGAAGCAACAUCCAAAAAUGUUUAAUGAAAUAUUUUCAAGCCAGAUAUGUUAGUGCUCAUUGGUAUUCUAGGUAGUUUUUAACUGGUAACAUUGAUUUGCUCACAAAAUAAGUGGAAGAUAGUGAGAAGGUGGCAUUUCUAGGAUGUACCUGAGAAAAUUAGUCAAUUUCUGGAAAUCGUUACCACUUUUGAAAAUGAAGUCCAUGAAUAGGCUCUCAGGAGGGCUGUGAACUUAUGAAAUUAUGUACAAAAUGUUUGUGGUGUAUGCUUAUUGUGGGAGAGGUUCCAUGAUAUUAAGAAUCACUGAUAUCAGAGGUAAUUACAAGAUGCAAAGUAAAUCAA